GAAAAUAAAUUAUAAUAGGUCAUUUACUUUUACCUUUCUGUUUUUUGUCUAAAUAUUGAGUACAUUUAAGUUCAGCGUCAUUGUCUCAAAUUGUCUCCAGACAUUGUUUAGAGUCAAUAACUUUUCAUUUCAAAGAAAACAUUGAUAAAAAUAAGUUAUUUGUUUAGUUAUUAAAAAUUGUAAAUCAAAAUAGUGAAAUGGAAGCAGAAUUGAGAUUGUCUGCUGAAAAUGCGCAAGAGAAAUCGGAUUCCACAUACACAGAAGCAAAUGAAACCAUAGAAGAGGAGUCACCGCCAAAAAAGCGACCAAAAUGUGAUGAAGAAACAACUGUAGCGCUAAUAACACCCAUUACUUCACUGAGAAAAUUUAAGCGUAUUCCAGUUUUUGUUGUUGAUUAUCACAAUGAUGUGUUGGAUUUUAUUUAUCGUUGCUUGGCUGCACGUUUUCUUCCAAUAGAAAAUAAUAUAUUAGUACAUUUUGAUUCACAUCCUGACAUGGUCAUCUCACGCGAUAUACCAGCAAGUGCUUCCUUUGACAAAGAGACCAUGCUAGCGGAAUUGAGUAUAGAAAAUUGGAUCAUGCCUACAUGUUAUGCAGGUCAUUUUAAUCGUAUUAUUUGGCUCAAAAAUUCUUGGUGUCAACAAAUACCUACAGGGAAGUAUAGCUUUAAAAUCGGAGACAAGGAUGAUAAAAUUAGUGUGGACUGUCCACUGGAAUAUUUUAUAUCGGAAGGAAACUAUUCGAACACGAAUGAACUGCAAAAUUCUCGCGAUAUGGAGCUACAAGUAUAUAAUGCUGACACAUCAGAACUGCAACCUACUGAAUUUUUGAAAGAAGAAGAUGCUAAAAAUAUUAUACUUGACAUUGAUUUGGAUUUCUUUAGCACUUCGAAUCCAUUUUUGGAAAUAUAUAAAGAUGCCAAUUGUUAUGAGCAAUUAACUGAUAUCUUUCAAUUCGACGUGAGCACAACAGAUUGCGGUGGCACAACCGAACGCCGUAAGCAACAGCUCGAAGCGCUUAAGGAAAUUUUUGAAUAUUUGGAAGAAAAACGUUCCUUUGAAGGUUUUAAGAAGUUCGUAUCAGAAGUUAUAACAAUGGAAACAUAUACAAAAAUAGAGAAUCUUGUAGAAUCAUUGCAAAAAUGCUAUGCUGACGAUGAGAUUGACUGGCUGCUCAUUUUUGAUUCUGGUAGUACGACUGAUACAAAUGGUUUACCGCAUCACGUGAGCACCGAGGAGGAAUUGGAACAAUAUUAUGCUCAUUUUAAAUUAUUUUUAGAAAAAUUACCUGUUGCGCCUGUUGCUAUAACUAUGGCUUGCUCAGCUGAGGAUGACUAUUGCCCCAAAAAUCAAGUCAGCUUAAUACAGGAGAGAGUUUUGAGCAUAUUGCAAGAAGUGUUCGGUGAACAAAUUCACAAAAAUCCCAUAUUGCAGUACUUAGACGAUGAGUGGGAUAUUAUGCAACUAUAGUUUUUAUUUAGCAUAAGAAAGAUCCAAUAUUAAUAAUAUACGAGUUUUUUUAUAAAUGACAUGCAGCAUAUCAAUGUAACAUAAUUCUACACAAACGCAAUCAUUAAUACAUCGAAUUUGGUGCUUCAGAUUAUAAUUGAAAAGUGAUCUAAAUUGAAUACAGUAUUCAUCACAGUAAAAAAGUAAAUCCGUUAAUGAUUAAAAAAGUGGAUUUGAAUUAAAAAAGUCUUACAACUUCAAGUUGAAUAACUUUAUAUACAGAACCAACGGUUUACACUCAGUCUACGACCAGGAGCUAUAUAAUAGACCCUAUUAUUUAAUAGACAUGAACUACGUAUGUAAUUCAACCAUGGUACUCAGUAUCAUUUACAAUGAGUUAACCGGCAACGCAAAUAAUAUAAGUAUACAUUAUAAGACAAUAUUAAAAUCUUACAAUUCUUCUCGAAGUCUACGAAUUGAAUUUAAAAGCUGCAACCGUUCUUGCUCGUAUAAAAGAAAUUCCAUUUAAAAUGGCUUCUAGUGAUAGAUCAUUAUCUUUUUAAUUUAUAAAAAUAUGAUUAUGUUUAUUCUUACUAUAUAUAAUAUAAUUAUUUUAUUACCAAAUUACAAUUUGUUACGAACGCAAGUUAUUUUUACAUAU